AUGGGCGCUGAUACUAUAAAAGAUUUCAUAUGGAGGAAAGAUUUGUUUUAUGUUGAACAACCAUUUCGUAAGGCAAAUAUCGAACAAAUGGGAAAGAAGAAGAAGAAAAAGAACAAUAUGAAACGAACUCAUGACGAAGCAUUUGAAGAAUCACAAAAUGAUUUAGUAUUAAAACUUAAUCAAGCAGUAGAUUUUUGUAAAAAUAAACUAUUAUCUAAUAAUGAGAUUUCAUUAAUACAAAGUGAACAUACAUUUAAUGAUGUUCCUUUUGCUGAAAUAGCUACUCAACAAAGUGAUAAUAUUCGACCCAUUCAACAAAUUCCUCUAACUGAUUAUUUUCUUCGUGCAUCAAAAUUGGGUAUACAAACAAAUAUUCUUUAUACACAUGAUAAAAUUCAUCCAAGUUUAAUUGAUACUGCUAUUGGCGGACAAAUUUUAUUACCAGAAAAUUGUCGAUUUCUAUGGUCUGAUAUGAAAAAUGCAAGGUUACUUGUAAGUGAAGGAACAAAAUAUUCAUUUAUUGUCCUUGAUCCUCCAUGGGCAAAUAAAAGUGUAAGACGAAAACAUCCUUAUAAUUGGUCAGAUUUUACUGAUAUUAAAAAUUUACCUGUUGAAAAUUUAAUUGAUCAUACAAAAUCAUCAUUAAUUUGUUGUUGGUCAACUAAUUGUGAUAAAGUUGAAGAAUUUAUAAAAAACGAAUUAUUUACUAAAUGGAACUGUCAAUAUUUAACAACUUGGUAUUGGUUAAAAGUAACUAGAUCUGGUGAACCUGUACUUGAUUUAACAUCAUUAGAUAAAAAAUCUUAUGAAACAUUGAUACUUGGUUAUACUGGAGAUGAUGAUGAUGAUCGAUUUAGUUCAUUAAAAAAUACAACAAAAAUUAUCUGCAGUAUUCCUGCAUUGAUUCAUUCGACAAAACCAGCUUUGCAUAUGUUAUUUCAAAAUUUAAUUAACUUUCCAAAUAAUGAUAUAGAUCAUUGUUUAGAAAUUUAUGCGAGAAAUUUAUUACCUAAUUUUACAUCUAUUGGAAAUGAAGUUUUAAAACAUCAAUCUAUCGAUUUAUUUGAAGAGAUAACUAUCUAA